UCUCAUCAUUCUGUAGCACCACCACCCUCAUGUUCCCACUCCCCUAUAUCCUUACACUGGAAGAAGCAGUUCUCAGUCCUGACCUUCUGCCUCCACUCUGCGUCGAUUCAAUGAAGAUGUCAAGAGGGAAGCUCCCGCUCUCCGUCAUGGCGGUCGUCAUCAGUGCCGUAGCAUUGGCUGGGGUGAUCUUCACCGAGGACCUCCGAGCUCUCACCGGUACAUUCAUCUUUAAGCUUAUUGCUUGUUCUAGAAAGGAUGCAGUUACCAAUUCUAGUAAGGUGUCUUCAGAGGAAAAAGAAAAGGCCUCUAAUGAAGAUGAUAUUGUCGAUGAAGAUAAAAUCUCAUUCAAUCCAAAUGAGUGCAGUGUAAUGAAUGGGAAGUGGGUUUUCAACAGUUCUAAGAAGCCUCCCUAUACUGAUCAGACCUGCCCAUAUGUGGAUAGACAAGUGGCUUGUAUGAGGAAUGGAAGGCCGGAUAUGGAUUACUUGUACUGGGAAUGGCAACUAGAUGAUUGCAACUUGCCUAGAUUUGAUGCUGCUGAUGUGCUUGAAAAGCUAAGAGGAAAGAGGUUGAUGUUUGUCGGAGAUUCGCUGCAGAGAGGACAAUGGGAGUCAUUUGUCUGUCUGGUAGAAUCUCAUAUACCAGAAGGACAAAAAUCCAUGAACCGCAGUCGAAAAUUAUCCAUCUUCAGGGCAGAGGAGUACAAUGCUACAAUAGAAUUCUACUGGGCACCGUUUCUUGUGGAGUCCAAUUCUGAUGCCCACAUUAUCAUUGACACAAGCAAGAGAAUUUUACAUGUAGAUUCCGUUUCCAAGCAUGCGCAACAUUGGAUAGGAGCUGACAUCCUUAUUUUUAACACCUAUGUUUGGUGGAUGAGCGGUCAUAGGAUCAAAUCUGUGUGGGGUUCAUUUGCUAAUGGGGAUGAAGGGUUCGAGGAGCUGGAUGCUGUUGUUGCUUAUAGAAUUGGUCUGAAGACAUGGGCCAAUUGGAUAGAUUCUAAUGUGAAUCCAAAUAUGACCAGAGUGUUCUUUAUUACAAUGUCCCCCGCACACAUAAGGAGCUCAGACUGGAACCACAAGAAGGGGAUCAAAUGCUACAAUGAAACAAGACCUGUCAUGAAGAGAGGAUACUGGGGAAGUGGAUCAGAUAAAGGGAUGAUGAAUGUGGUUGCAAGUGUUGUUGGACGAAUGAAAGUCCCUGUCACUAUAGUGAACAUAACACAACUUUCAGAGUACCGAAUCGAUGGCCAUGCAUCAGUUUAUACAGAAUCACAAGGACAGAAGUUAACCAAUAAGCAGAAGGCUAGACCAAGACUCUACGCUGAUUGCAUUCACUGGUGCUUGCCAGGAGUUCCAGAUACAUGGAAUCAGCUUCUUUAUGCUUAUUUGUGAAAUGAAGGGCUGAACAAAGACAUGUAACAAUUCAAUUCAAAUUUCCCAGGUUUCUUUCCAUCCCAUUACCACAAUGCUUCAAAGACAAGAUUAUAUUGUUUAAUCACCUUCAUAUGAGACAAAUAAGACAAUGAAUUAAGCUAUACCUAAAGUGAAUUAGGC